AAAUUAAAGUCUGAUAACAGUUAAUAUUACUAUUAAAGCUUUUAAUGAUGAGGUAUUUUGUACGUUGAAGUGCCGCGUUGAUCAGGGUUUGCAGUCUUCAUCAUGUCCUCAUCAUCCAGGGAGGAAGGUUUAUCUUCAGAAGAGCUGAGGAAGAGGCUCUAUCAAACUUUUAAAAAUAAAGGCGUGCUCGAUUCUCUCAAAGCACAGCUGCGAAAUCAGCUCAUCCACGAGUUAAAGUAUCCACAUUUCUCAGGACAAGAUCCAGUACCUAGACCAGUAAGCCUGAAAGCAGAACCUGUUUUACUUUCAGCCUGUAACACCAUAGUGGCAGAUCAUCUCCAAACAUCAGGCUAUGAAUACACUCUUUCURUAUUCUACCCUGAAAGUGGCCUAAGUAAGACCCAGAUUUUAAAGAAAGAAGAGCUUUUUCAACUCCUUAAAGUAAACACAGAAAACAAAGAUGAAGGGUUUCUGCUCAGCCUUUUGACGCAGCUGAYCAACAUCUCUACUCACAGCCCAUGUCGUGAUGUGGAAACUCAGACAGGCAGCCUAUCAAGUCAUGGAGAGUCACUUGUUGAGAAGAUGAAAAUGAUUGAUAAGGAGUAYCAGGGCCUUAGUUCUAGUGACGACAAAGUGUUUUAUUUCCAAUCAAAACUGGCCGCAUAUAGGAAAGAGGCUGGGGCGCAGAUGGAAGCAGAAAUGAACACAAAGCUGCAACAUUUUAAAGAAGUUGAAAUCGCCAAGGUGAGGGUGGAAGAAAAMGCAAAGUUUCAUAAGGAGUUUGAUAAGAUGAAGCAAGACCUGGAGAGGACUUAUGAAAGGAAGGCGAAGGCACUGAUGGAGCGGGAGAAAAAUGCUCUUGAAAGAAUGAGAAAACAGCAAGAGAUUGAAGAAAAAAACAUUUACAUGCAGAGGCAGUUAUUGCUGAAAGAAAUUGAAUCCCUGCGUAACAGAGAGAAUGAACAGAGAUUGAGAGCGGAGGCUUUUGAGCAAACCUGUCAAAUCCAGGCAGAGAAGGUCAAGAUGUCCGAAGAGGCUCUGAGGAGAAGAGAGCUGGCUGUGAAGACCUUGGAGGACACAUACGACCAAAACCUGAAGAAUGAACUUUCUAGGUACCAGCUGGAGUUGAAGGAGGAAUUUGUGAGAAGAACACAGAAGCUCACUGAGAGCGAGGACAGAAACAAAGUGGAAACUGCUCAGAUCCAGAAGGAGUCGGCUGUAAUUAACGACAGAAAGGAAGAGCACAACAGAGCGUGUUCUGAGCUGAAAAGGCUGCAGGUUGAGCUAGAAACAGCACAGCAACACAUUUCYCUGCUGACUCAGCAGAAGGAGCUACUAAAGGAAAGACUUGAGAGCACAGGUGACUGUCCUAGCUUGAAGAGAGACAAAGUGGAGCUGCAGGGACAGCUGCAGCUGCUAAAGAAACAGCUGGAGGAAGCCCAAGAGGAGAACCGACAGCUCCGUGCAGAAUUGAUCAAACCAUCCAAAGAGCAGCUGGCCAUGCAGGCGGAGUUUCAGAGGCUGCAGACCGCUCGCCGAGUGGACGAGGAGGAGUUUAACAACCAGCAGCAGGUGCUGCAGAUGCAGCUCCACAGUGAGAUGGAACGGUGCGCUCAGUUCAAGGCUCAGCUGUUAGAGCAAGAGGAGAGGUCACAGUGGUUGACUAAACUUGUUGAUGACAUGAAGAUGCAGCUUCGCCAAACCCAACAAGCUCUUGAAAACGAAGUGCUUCGUAACCCYAAGCCCUCUCUUGUUGAUCGCUCUGUGCUGGAGCUCAGCGCUGACAAACUGGUUCCGCCUGACAUUUACAUGGACAGCGUUCUGCUGAGACCCAGGGUGGGUUAUGAUGAUGUUUGUGAAGCAGGUGGACCCCCGAGACAACACAACUCACCUUUGAGGGAUUAUUCCAUCUCUGACGUGGAGCUCAUAACAAAAGACAAGGCUCGGAUCCAGGAGCUGCGGAAGGAGGCAGAAAUCAUAGAGGAAGCUUAUAAGAGCUACCAGCAGAGGGCAGCGCACGCCACCGUCUCGCACACGCUUCCCCUUUCCCCACCACAAGCAUAUCUCUCACAUUCCCCCAGCUUUUCUCAUAGAAAACAAGACUCUCAGCGUUCACACAUCCAUUCAACACACAAACAGAAGAUGAUACUCAAACCRCCGUCUGCUCAGCAUGUUCAGUCCCCCACCUUGAUAACUCACAAUGCCCAAACCCACUUCCUGUCUGCACAACCAGGAGUURACCACAACCAGCCCCAGACUACAGUUUAUGCUGAUUACAGUCACCAUGUGUCGAYUGAAUCUUUGUCUCCAAGAGGGGUAAAAACUCAAAAUGGAAGUUCUGAUUCAUCUAAACAACCUUCCUGCACAUCACAGCCCACUUCCAGGAGGAAACAUCAAGAGAAAAAUGCAGAAGUUUUGUCUCCAGUGGUGCUUCCUCAGCCACCGCCUGAUGGACAGCUCUCUCCUGCGCCGCUCAGCGAGGCGGGGACCACCGCUGACAUUUCUCCUGAGCUCAGUCCACCUCMGAGUCCUCGGCUCAAGAGCACAGCACGAGAGCAGCCCAGACCAUCUGAAUCACAGCCCGUGUUCUCCAGUUCAGAAUCCUCCCCGCAGCCUGAGAAGAUAACCCUUGAAGACCUCGCAGAGCCCGGUCACAUUCCAGAGCUUCUCCUGGACACUGCUGUCCCUCUCUCUGAGGAGGCCCCCGAUGCCACCCCCAGCCCCCAGCCUCGGGACCUCCCAGAAGACCCAAUAAGUCUGCAUGAUCAGGCGGAGGUUCCACAGGCUUCAGGUAAUUCUGCCAGAAUAGUAAACGAGAAAGACGAUGAGGAGCAAAAGUGGGGAGAAGAACGAAAAGAAAGAGAAGAGCGAAGGCAGAGAGAGCUGGAAGCGGCUAAGGAGCGAGAGCGGCAAGAGCUGGAACGAUUAGAGAAAGAGACGCUGUUGCAACAGACAGGGCAACCAGAAAAGGAUGAUGAGGAGGAAGAAACGAAGGUUGGGAAAGGAGAGAAUGAAGAGCAGAAGGAAGAGUCAAAAGCUGAAAAUCCACUAGAGAAAUACAUGAUGAUCUUAGAAGCAAGAGAGGAGCAGCAUCAGGAUAAUCCUGUAAGACAGGAAGAACGACACAGUCCAGAGGACAGGAGUUUAUCUGAGGAGAAAAAUGAAAGCAUCACAGCGUAUUCUCCUAAAGAGGACGAUGAUGAUUUCUGGUGAGACGUUCAUCCCCGAGUUAUGAACAGGAAUUAAAUUGUGACAUGUAUUUUUUUUUGAUCACUUAAAUGCAUUUUUACUGUCUGUAAACAAUCAAAUAAACACACAUAACAAGAAGCACAACCUUUUGGGUUUUUUAUUUAAAAAAAAAAGAAAAGAAAAAACAGUCAGGAGUGAGUYGAGUCAUAAAAAAGGUGUUUCCAUUCAGACUGGGUUCUUGUUGGCUGAUUGGGGUCUUCCUGGUGAUUGGGCAGCUUUUCAUUCCUUUUUGGUUCAUUUUAAAAGAAAAAAACAUUUUCUGGUCUGCCACUUUAUGCCUGUCCUACAUUGAACAAUGAGAAUUUUUUACCACAGUUUCACAGAAAUACUAUUUAACAAAUUGGCCAGCAYUGGUAUUCAUACUUUGGCUAAAACAGACAUUUUUUAUGUCUGUUCGGGUUUUUAAACAACUGAUGGUGUGACUGAUUUUUUGCAAGGAAGCCCUUGACAUUUAUAGAACGCUCAAAUACUAUCAGACAAAAAAAUAUUUAAAAUAACUAAAAUAGGCCACAAACAAUCAGCUACAAAAAAGAAAUUAAUAGUUCAGUUAGAAAAAAGGAAAAAAGACCACCCAUCUCUGAUGUCAGUUCACAAAACUGUACAUCUCUGUGGAAAACAGUCGUCUUCAUGCAACAAACAUCAAGUUAYUCCUGUGACUCAUCUAACAACAAAAAAUACAAAGACAACAGGAGUAAUUAUUUCAACAAUAUGAAAAUAGCUAAUUUUCAACAAACGCAGUUUAGAAAAUCAUCACAAGACUUCCAUCCUUACAGUGACAAAACACUACAAUGGUAACGUUUACACUGCUUUAAACUAAUUGUUUCAAAUGCAUUGAACAUGUGGUUCUYAUCUUUCUUUAAGAAAUCUCUAAAGUCAACAUUUUACAAAUAUUUCAACAGCUAUGUUCUGUAAUCUAAGGUUUCAGGCUCUUCAAUGGUAAACUAUAUUUAUUUGUCUAAAUACAACAAAACCAAAAUUUUUAUGAAAUCUGCUAGUUGUUCUUGGUAGAAAAAAUAUAAUAUUMAACAGGUUAUUAUGGCGUCAUUUGUAACAGUUUUUGUUCAGUAAUGCUGGGAUAGAGAGGAGCUCCUGAGGCUUGUUUCAUGUUGUCCUCAAUACUUUGUGUUUUACUAUCCAAAUGCAUUGUUUUACAAGGAAAAAGUGGUUUAUGUGUUGCCUUAACCUGUAAUGCACACCUGAGGUAGAGGUAAUGUAGGCCAUGAUUGUUCAGAGUAACUUCACUAACUGAUCAACAAAAUAAUGGAUUUAAAAGCCAAUAAAUCCMCAAAUAACAGCUUUACUGAGAAGGGUUUGCAGUUAAAUUCUGAUGGAUGUUGACUCAGAGCAUAACUCUUGGUUUUAGAUGCACUGUAUGAACAUCAAAGUGCGAAGCACUAACUAAAGAUUGGAUGCAAGGGCUUCCUUUUAAUGUUUAGGUCAUUUAUGUGACCGACAAAAUGGUUUCCCUAGUUGAAACCAAGACUCAAAAAAUUGGGG